UCUGCUUUACGAUUGGAACAGAGUAUGGAAUGCUCUGCUCAUCGCACUGACCAUUAUGGAAGGACCAUCUGGUUUUCAGUUUCUGCUUCUCUUCUUCAGUCUAUGUUCCAUUAUUCCUUCAUUACUAGCUACUGAUCCUGUUGGGUAUGGCUAUGAAGUCCUAUCAGUCGACGUUCACCUCGACAGCAGCUCCAUCACUGCUGAUCUCGGCCUCAUCAAGAACUCCUCUGUUUACGGUCCUGAUAUUCAACACCUCAAACUCUCUGUCUUCUAUGAAACAAAGGAUCGUAUAAGAAUCCAAAUCACUGAUGCAGAAAAUCAAAGAUGGGAAGUUCCGCGGGAGAUCAUUCCCCGCCAAACCCACUUUUCUUCCCUGGAAAACCGUCCUGCUUUACCUGGAACCCACUCCGUCUCCGACCCAACCUCCGACCUGGUAUUCACCCUCCAUGGAACUACCCCAUUUGGGUUCUCCGUGUCCCGAGGCUCCUCCGGUGACGUACUUUUUGACACGUCCCCGGACUCGUCAGAUUCCGGGACUUUAUUGGUGUUCAAGGAUCAGUACAUUCAACUUUCCUCCUCACUACCCAAAGACAGGGCUUCUCUGUACGGAAUAGCGGAGCACACGAAGAGCUCCUUUAGGUUGACUCACGAUCAGACGUUGACUCUCUGGAAUGCGGACAUAGGAAGCUCGAAUCCCGAUGUGAAUCUUUAUGGGUCUCACCCUUUCUACAUGGAUGUCAGGUCGCCGGCGGGGACCUCUCAUGGUGUGUUAUUACUGAAUAGUAAUGGCAUGGAUGUAGUGUAUGGUGGUGGUGAUAGGAUAACUUACAAGGUUAUUGGGGGUUUGAUUGACUUGUAUAUUUUCGCCGGACCGUCGCCGGAAAUGGUGAUUGAACAAUACACAGAACUCAUUGGCCGGCCUGUCCCAAUGCCAUAUUGGUCUUUUGGAUUUCAUCAAUGCCGUUGGGGCUAUAAAAAUGUUUCUGAUAUCGAGGGUGUUGUUGAUGGCUAUGCAAAAGCAAGAAUUCCUCUUGAAGUUAUGUGGUCAGACAUCGACUACAUGGAUGCAUAUAAAGAUUUUACUCUUGAUCCUGUCAAUUUUCCGGCAGACUUGAUGAAAAAAUUUGUCGAUGAUCUUCACAGAAAUGGCCAGAGAUAUGUCGUUAUCCUAGAUCCUGGUAUCAAUGUGAAUGAAACUUAUGGAACCUAUAUCAGGGGAAUGAAGGCUGAUGUAUUCAUAAAACGUGAUGGUACACCUUACUUGGGAGAAGUUUGGCCCGGGCAGGUCUACUACCCUGAUUUUCUAAAUCCGUCCACUGAAAACUUUUGGCGUGAAGAGAUCAAAUUGUUUCGCGAUAUUCUUCCUGUUGACGGUCUUUGGCUUGACAUGAAUGAGCUAUCCAAUUUCAUAGAUCCCAGUCCUACCCCAUUUUCUACACUGGAUGAUCCUCCAUACAGGAUUAACAAUGCAGGAGUGCAGCGACCGAUAAAUAAUAAAACAGUUCCAGCGACAGCAUUACAUUUCGGCAACAUGACAGAGUACAAUGUCCACAACUUAUAUGGAUUAUUGGAAGUCAAAGCAACUAAUGCAGCCUUAGUCAAUGUGACUAGCAAAAGACCUUUUAUACUCAGUAGAUCUACUUUUGUAGGCUCUGGCAAGUACACGGCACAUUGGACUGGGGACAUUGCCUCAACAUGGGACGACUUGGCAAAUACAAUCCCUUCCAUUCUCAAUUCUGGAAUCUCUGGAAUUCCAAUGGUUGGUGCUGAUAUCUGUGGGUUUUCAGGAGAUACAAAUGAAGAACUUUGUCGACGCUGGAUUCAGCUAGGAGCUUUCUACCCAUUUGCUAGAGAUCACUCAGAUAUAUCUUCUAUUCGUCAAGAGCUCUAUCUUUGGGAUUCAGUAGCUGCAAGUGCCAGAAAAGUACUUGGUCUUCGAGUCCGUUUACUCCCAUACUUGUACACAUUAAUGUAUGAGGCUCACACGAAAGGGACUCCUAUUGCAAGGCCACUCUUCUUCUCAUUCCCUGAAGAUGUUCAAACUUACGAUAUCAGUUCACAGUUUCUAAUUGGUAAAGGUGUAAUGGUGUCACCUGUAUUGAAGUCGGGAGCAGUUUCAGUUGAUGCAUACUUCCCUGCAGGAAACUGGUUUGACAUCUUUAACUACUCAAACUCAGUAAAUGUAGAUUCAGGGAAGUUUGUCACUCUUGACGCACCAGCUGAUCAUAUAAACGUACACGUUAGGGAAGGUAAUAUUUUGGCUUUGCAAGGCAAAGCCAUGACAACGCAAGCUGCUCGAAGGAUGCCUUUCCAACUCUUGGUGUUCAUGAACAGCAAUGGGAACACUUCUGGAGAAGUUUUCCUGGACGAUGGAGAGGAAGUGGAGAUGGGACGAGAGGGAGGCAGCUGGACCUUUGUGAAGUUCAAUGCAGAAGUCAUCGGAAGAAAUGUUGUGAUUAGAUCAGAGGUUGUGAAUGGAGGAUUUGCACUGAGUCAGAACUGGAUCAUUGAUCAAGUAACCGUCAUAGGGUUGGAAAAGCCUCGAAGAUUGAAGGGAUGUGAGAUGAGCAUUACCAAAGGAACAAACGUUAUUGAGAACUUAACUGCAAAGGCAACCUUUGAAAGGAAAUCAAGGCUACUUAGCAUGGACAUCCCUGGACUAUCAAUCCCCAUAGGGAAGGAGUUCAGGCUGGAAAUAAAAUUAAGUCGAGGGAAUAAAUGUUAGCAGCAUACCAUAAUCGUUUGCUGGUAUGUUAAAGUCUUUCUAUUAGUCUGAUACUUUAUAUUCGCUGUCUAAUUUCCUGUAUGCCUGUGUAUGGCACAACAUAACAUGAACCAGCAGCAAUGAAUUGCAAAAUUGUCUUCCACAUCCAAA